GGCAGACGCAGCGGCGGCAGCAGCAGCAGCAGCAUCACUGAGAGGAGAGAGAAGAGAGAGAGGAGAAGAGAGAGAAGAGAGAGGGGAGAGAGGGGAGAAGAAGAGAGGAGGGAGAAGGAGGAGGAGAAGAAGGAGGAGGAGGGAACGAUCGUGGUGUGUAUCGUGACUCUUGGCAUGUCACCGUGCGCUCGUCACUACAGGCAGCGUAGCAGCCUCCUCCUCCUCUCAUCCAGCAGCAAAGUCCAAGAGACAUCAUCAUCAGCAGCAUCAUCAUCAUCAGCAGCAUCAGCUGCUGCUGUGGCUGUGGUCCCUUGGUGCUCAGUGACCAUGGCUGGGUGCAUGCACAACGUGCAGCUGCGAACCCCCGUCAAGGUUGGCUUCUACGAUAUCGAGGGCACUUUGGGCAAAGGCAAUUUCGCGGUCGUGAAGUUGGCGAGGCACCGCAUCACCAACACAGAGGUCGCGAUCAAGAUCAUCGACAAAUCUCACCUGGACGAGGGCAAUCUCAAAAAGGUGUACCGAGAGGUGGAAAUCAUGAAGCUGCUCACGCAUCCGCACAUCAUCAAGCUCUACCAGGUGAUGGAGACAAAGAACAUGCUCUAUCUCGUCACGGAGUACGCGCGGAACGGCGAGAUGUUCGACUACCUGUCGAGCCACGGGCGACUGAGCGAGCGCGAGGCGCGACGGAAGUUCUCGCAGAUCUUGGCGGCCGUGGGGUUCUGCCACCAGCACGGCGUGGUGCACCGCGACCUCAAAGCCGAGAAUCUGCUUCUGGACUCCAACAUGAACGUCAAACUUGCCGACUUUGGAUUUGGGAAUUUCUUCCGGCGGGGCGAGGCGCUGACGACGUGGUGCGGCAGCCCGCCGUACGCUGCCCCCGAGGUGUUCGAGGGGCUGGAGUACGAGGGGCCGCAGCUGGACGUCUGGUCCCUCGGAGUCGUGCUGUACGUGCUGGUGUGUGGAGCCCUCCCGUUUGACGGUCCGACGCUGCCCAUCCUCAAGCAGAGGGUACUGGAGGGGCGAUUUCGCAUUCCCUACUUCAUGUCUGAAGACUGCGAGCACCUCAUCCGCCGCAUGCUCGUGCUCGACCCGUCCAAGCGGCUGACGAUCGCGCAGAUCCGGCAGCACCGCUGGCUGCAGGGCGAGGGCGGCCCGCCCCGCGCUCUCGUGCUGCCUGAGCAGCCGCCCAUGGCCACGCUCGGGGAGCAGCAGAGCCGCGCCGAGCCGUCCGCCGCCACGGCCGCCGCCGCCGCCGCCGCCACCGCGGCCGCCGCCCUCCCGUCGCCGCCCACGCCGCCUCCUCCGCCGCCGCCGCCGCCGCCACCGGCCGUGUCCGUCCAGCCAGCGGCCGCGUCGGAGUCCGCGUCGCCAUCGCCGCUGUACAGCCCGGGCCUGCCCCAGUACAACGAGCACGUGCUGAGGCUCAUGCAGAGCCUGGGCAUCGACCAGCAGAAGACGCUGGAGUCGCUGCAGAACAGAAGCUACAACCACUGCUUCGCCAUCUACCACCUGCUUGUCGACCGCCUGAGAGCUCACCGCUCCAGCUUCCCCGUGGACCACCGCGUGGACGCGCGCAACCGGCGGCCGAGCACCAUCGCCGAGCAGGCCCUCGCCAAGGCCAACCCAGCGAUGUAUCCCAUGGGUCUCCUGCCUCAGAACAUCAGGCAUCACCAUCUGCAGCAGCAGCAGCAGCAGUGCGCCGGUUUCACGGCGCUGGCUACGGAGCGCGGCUCGUUUGCCCAGUCCGGCGGAGGACACCCCAUGGAGCUGGGCCUGCUGGAGGAGGAACUCUUGGUGCCGACCCCCAAGGUGAGCGGCUGCAUGCUGGAGCCCGUGCCUCCGACCCGCAAGGGCCGCUCGGUGUCGCCCAUCAGCCCCGUGAUGGAGGCCUCCAUCGACGAGGGCGUGGAGAUGGAGGAGCCGUGCGACUCGGGCCGCGGGCUCGCAGGCCUCACCCCGUUGGCCAACGCAGCCGCCCCUCCCUCGCGCCACGACGUGGCCAGGACGGCGUUUGCCGACGGCGGAGGGGACGGGGGUGGCGGGCUGCACGAGAGCACGGAAACGUACUUCCUGUUGGGCUCGAGCUCGCCGUUCGGCAGCAUGGGCUCGGAGUACUGCGAGCUGGGCACCGUGCUGCAUCACUCGAGCCAGGAUCUCCCGCCCGGCGCUCCCCCUCCUCCGCCUCCUCCUCCCCUGCCGCACCAGCACCAGCACCAACGGCACCACCAGCACCAGCACCACCAACAGCAGCAGCAGCAGCAGCUGGCGGCGUUGCCCACGGCCGCGGUGGGAGCGCCGGGCGGUUGCUCGCAGCGCGACGCGGACGGCGGCGGGACACCGUCGCCGCCGCCGGCGCCGCUCCUCCCCGCCGGAGGAGGAGCCGCUCUCGUCCACCAGCAGCAGCAGCAGCACCAACAGCAGCAGCAGCAGCAGGCCGGGCAGGGCGAACGUGACGAGCACAACCGCUCUCCCGUCAGCUUCCGCGAGGGUCGGAGGGCGUCCGACACGUCGCUCACUCAGGGCGUAGUGGCCUUCAGGCAGCACGUGAGCAGCCUGGCCCGAGCUCCCGGCAUCCUGGAGCUCAACAAACACGAGGCCGAGGUGGAGGAGAUGGGCCAGCCCGAGGGCUCCGGCCUGUGCUGGCAGGUUGGCCAGGAUGGUGGCAUGCAGCAUGCUUCUUUGGGGUUCCCCGGUUCCUAUCACCCGCAUCUCCUCCUUCGCCGGCAGAGCCUUGACGCCUACGGCUUGCCUACGCAUUCCCAGACCCUGGGAAUGGGGUGCAAAAGCCGGAAUGGAUACGUCGUAUAUGGAAAGGACUUGCACACCAAGGGCUUGCAGCAGCAGCUGCAAGAGCACAGACUCUACCAGAAGCGGAUGCAGCUGCAGCGGCUGUCCGUGCAGACGCACUUCAAGCAGCUGCACCUGAGCGAUGGGCCCUACCCUCAGCCUUCGAGCGGACUGCGCAACCAGCAGCAGUGCCAAAUCAUGACCCAACAGCAGCAGCAGCAGUCGCAGCAGCAGCAGCAGUCGCAGCAACAGCAGCAGCAGCAGCAACAGCAGCCCUCGCACCUGCUGCCUCACCAGGACGUUCCGACGCACAGCCUGCACAGCCACCUGCACCAAAUGCAGCUGCAGGAGAACCAAGGAGGCCAGUACGCGACAGCUCAACAGAGCAGUGACGCGCAUGCAAUGCUCCCGCAGCACUUUCACUUGCAGCAACAGCAGCAGCAGCAACAACAACAGCAGCUUCAGCAACCUGAGCAGGUGUACGGACACCCGCAGCACUACUCGCAUCACCUGCAGCAGAGCAGCCAGGCUUCCCAGUUGCAACUACAGCAGCAGCAGCAGCAACAGCAGCAGCAGCAGCAACAGCAGCAGCAGCAGCAGCUGUACGCGCACCAGCUGCAGCGCGGACCGCAGGCGUUCACAUCAGGGGCGGAGGCUCACGUGACGUUUAGCCGCCCUUCCAGCUGCGACGAGCUCCUGCAAGCGCAGCUGCAUAGGCAGCAGCAGUACCAGCUGCACCUGCUGCAGGUGGGCGCCGACGGGCAGGAUCUGCGGCCGCAAGCGCCGGCGCCGUACGAGUCCGGCGCAGGCGAGGGACCCCGCGCCGACGGCGCCGCGUACCUCGAGCAGUGCCGCUUCGCGCGCGACUUCCUGCAGGGAGGGCAGCCCUUCGCGGUGCCGGCGGCGGGUGGCGGCGCUGGCGGCGGCGGUGAGCGUGGCGUCCUCCUGGACGGCGGAGAGAGGCCGGGGCGGGUGACGUACCGUGACGCCGGUGCCGCCGGAGAGGAGCUCGAGCUGCUGGGCUGCGAGAUGAUGGAGGCGACGGAGAAUCAGUCGACGGUGCUCGCUGGCUGCUGGUGACCGCCACCCACCCCCCGCCCUCACCGCGAGGGAAGCGGAGAUGGAACGAAAGCCCGGGAGAGACUCUUUGUUGGCGCGCCUCGUGGCGGUGCCGCGUUGUAGCGAUACUGCGCACACGCCCGACAGCAUUUUGUUUGGGAUGAGGGGAAGCGUUUCAGACGGGGGGAGCCUCUUUCCAACCCAGACGCUUUCCGUCGGUUUGUUUCCACCAAAUAAGGUCAUUUGCGAAUUCCCGCGAAGUUCCGUGGGCGACGCGCGUUGGCAGAGAGACGGACGAGAUGCAAACCGAGUCGGCGAACGAUGCAGCAUGUGUGCAACAGUUGGGCUGCCUGAAGACUGGGCCCGGCGGAUCGACCGAGGGUGGAAUAACAACGCCGCCUGUGGCAGUGCGAAGAAUUGGCGCCGCUGUGAGCGUAAAGGUUCAGGCAUUUGGACGUAGCGGCCAUGUGGAUUCUCAACAAAAGCAACAUCAACAUCCUGCUGCUGCUGCUGCUUCAAACUGAAAAGCACCAAAUAUGGAUGAAAUUAUUACGAACAUGAAACAGGACAUUGCCUCUUACGGGCCAAGCACACAACCACAGGUCUAAAAUGAUAGCUUUUAACAGGUUACGCGAAUGCUUCCAAGCUUUAGAUUUUUUUAUUUUUUUUUGAUUUUAAUUGUUUACGCGCGUAAGAAACAUUUCGGCCUUAAGCUGUUUGACAAGAAUGACCCACCACGGAGGACCUUGCUGAAUAAAAGCUGCGGCGAAUAAAUCGUAACGUUGCGGAUGCUGAGAAGCGAAAUACGUGCCGGGGUUUCCUAACUGCACCCCACAAGCGAAAGGGAUAUCUUAAAUUGAGGAAGAAAUUUAAUAGGGCCACUAGAAAAGGGGAGAGGGCGGGAUUUAAGCUGACACCACGAAGCGAGCUCGUUCCCAAAGUGGGGAGGUGGGGGGUGGGGGCAACGCGAGAUGAUUUCUCGCUGUAGUCGGCCCUCGCUCCGGGCACAUCUGGGGAGAAGUCGAGAGGGGGUGGGGGAGCUGCUAAGGUGACACGGUGAUGAUCGCGAAGAAUGUGGUCGAGGAGGCGGUCGGCCGAUUUGGUUUUGGAGGAGUUUUGAGGAUGAAUGAUGCCCAAUGACGCCGUCUGCCCUCCCGAGUAUCCAGGGGGGAGUUGGAGUUGCGUGUCUGAGUACGGAUCGCAGUGGUGCGAUCUGUACGGGGCGUCGAGUGCAAAACGAAGGGCUGUGAAUGGUACAGGGGAACCAAGCGUGUUAGGACAGUUUUAGGGCACAUCCUCGCCCCCGCCACCCCCCGUUUUUUAUUUUAUAUAUCUAGCUUGUGAGUUCUCUCUUGUCAAGAAAACUAUUGAAAAAAUAUAACAACAGCGGCGCAUUUGACAAACGUUCGAACAAUGAAAACGUUGGCUGGCUGCUUGCGACGAACUAAUAUGUCAAAAGUGGCAUCCGGCUGAUGGAACAAAUUAUUUUCGUGGUCAUUCUAAAACUUUAAUGUUUAAAAAAACACAUCAAUUAUUUGCUUUUAAUGUAAGCAGUACAUGCGUACAUACAUCAGUGUGACAUCUGAAUAUCUAGCAUUUAAGACGGCUUCAGUGUUACGUACAAAAAAAUAGUGUUCGAUUGGUUACUGACUAUCAUCAGAUGACUGUAAAACGCGUGACUUUUCAACUGUGGGGGCGAUGCAAUAGGAUCGUUGUUUAGCUGCACAGAAGACCCACGCCUUUGGCAUGAUGAUGCCUCGUGACAGUGGCGUAUAUCGUCGGUUGCCGUGGGAAUCUGGUGCAAGUGAUUAAAUGCGGGGGGGGGGGCGGCGGAGGCGGGGGGCACCCCCACUGUCCAAUCCCUACCUCUUCACAGCUCCGGCACCAGGCUUCUGGCGCUGUUUGCACCGCCCGCACACCCUGCGGCUGCGUCCUGGCGUUGACCCGCGAGCGUCGGAAAAUUAAACGCCGUGACCCGGCUGGAGAGAGGCGGGCCACUAGAAGGAGCCGGCUGCACCUGCCCCUGGGCAGCUCCGUGUGAGCCCCCAGAGCUUCCAGUAACCGAGGGGCGGUGCGUUCACUUGGGGUCGCACAAAGGAGAUGUUCACGUUAGUGCUGCCCCUACGCUCCCUGCGGGGCCGUGCUGCAACCAGCCCCCCCCCCACCCCCGACCGUAUUGCAGCAGGUUGCCCUGGUUGAUUAAAUCGGGGGCGGUCCAGGAAGGUCGUCGAUUUGGUCGCUGGUAUCGGAUGGAACACAGUCAGUCCACGUUGCCAGGGAAAGUUGGCCCUUCCGUGAGCACAUUCAUAGGGCCGACGGGCAAAUGUGGUUGUCAAAAACUUGAGUAAAAUGUCGAGUCACGGUAACGUUAAAAUAGUGCGUCUCAACAUUGAAAUAUAUGGUGGAGGUUUUUUUUUUUUACACGUUACGGUUUAAAAAAGAAUUGGUCCACGAGCUUCAUCCGAGCUUGUUUGUAAUAGUGAAUGACCCCAUUGGGGUAAGCCGGACCGUCGCUCGAUUGAGGCAGUUUCUCCACGUUUUGUUUCCUGCCGUGGGGCUGUCUGACCUCCAGAGGGACUGCAAUGCGCAAAGACGCAUGAUGCUCCUAUGGUGCUCCCCCCCCCCCAGCUCACGACAAUUUCUUUCUUGGCACAGUUUUUUUUUUAUCAAUUUGGCAUCACUGAGCCGAGCGCGGAACACCGGGAAGGGACAAUGUUGUACGGGACAUUUAAAUUGUGAGCCCUUUUCAAUGAUCAUUCUCCAAGAUGUUGGUGGAUUUCUUCUGUCAUUGGCUGGGUACUGUGUUAAACGCGUCUGGGUUGUUUUGCGCAUUCAGGUAAACUCAAAUGCCUCUUUAAGCACCAACCCAUGUCCCGCCACCGCAGCGAUAUUUAGACCAACGGUGGUAAUUUUUCUCUUGUUAAGUGUUGUGCAAUUAAUAAUAAUGAUAUAACAAUAUUCAUAAUUGGUGUCAGUGGAAUACGGUGUUAUUGAAGAGCGUGCUCGAGAAAAAGAAGCAACUUUAAAAUAUUUGCGAAUGACAUCGAUAUUAUAUAAUUGCCUAUUGUGUCCUUUGGUUUGUGCUAAAUUCCACAAUGUUUUAUCAACUUGAAAAGAAAUGCGAAUGUAUAACUGUAAAAUCAGGCGGUGUUUUAUGUGUAUUCAGAGGGUGGUUAAAUUUUGUGUGUUUCUUCAAUAAUAAUAAUAACAGUAAUAAGCGUAAUGCACUGCUUUCAUUGAAUGUGUACAUUUAUAUUUAACAUUAAAUUUAUUGUUUUGCCUCCGUUUCAGGCACGUCGGUCUGAUAAUAAUAACUUUGUGCUCCAGUGGUUCAUGCCUUUUUAUGUUGCUUGUGUGUUCAUUUUAACUGUAAAUUUUUGGUACUUUUGCUGUACAGACUAACAACAAUUAUACAUAUUACAAAACUGUAAUAUAAGUGAUAGUAUUGUUUGUAUGAGAUGAAGAAGUCACUUGCACAAUCAGGGGGAAGAGCUGCCUAUUUUAAUAUAGGUACUUUAUUUAGCCCGACUUGUUCAGACAGCAGCACAAGGUAGGCGAAACAUGCCUACUUGUUACGUCAAAAGCGCGAGGGUUAUUUUACCGCGGUUUUCACAUCGGAUCAGUCCACGCUUAACGUCACAAACUGAGAAAAAUUCCAGUUGGCCCCUUGCAGACAGCCGCAAGCGACCUGCAGAGUGGGCCUUGUUGACCCCCCCCCCACUCCACCUGCCAGAGCCAUGCCAACGCUGUCCUUUGCUAAUUUGCGGGUGGGGUGGCCACAGCAGCGGUCUUCUGACGCUUCGCUCGUCGUGCCUUGCGCGCGGAGGCUCGGAAGAAGCCCCCCCUCACCCCCCCCGUUCAUAUAUUUGGGGCGUCUCGUGCCGCAAACAGCGAGCGAGUCUGGUUCGCCUGUAAGGUGAACAACGCAUCGUCUGGAACGGUGGGGGGGGGGGGGGGGGGGGACGGUUCGUGGGCUUCGCACUUCAGCAAGCCAGAACGAUGGGACCCCACGGGAAACGCGAUGAGAGCCGACGGUAAAACGCGUCACUGCGGUAACCCGAGACGAUUGUCAUUGCCGGCGGCCGUAUUGCUUAUGAAUAGACCAUUUCUCCACUCUUGCCCAACGUGCGCAAGGAUAAAACUUGUGCAACCAAUGUGUUACCACUUUGAAGCCGGCUUCGACCGAGAGCGCGUGCCAAGCGACUUUUGCUCACGAUCCAAGAAUUCCGUUGCUCAGUGCCCGUCGCGAGCAGGUGUCGAUCGAAUGUGCACCGUGCUUAACAUUGUAAAUGUAUUUGCUCUCACCGAUGCAGCCAAGUUCUCCCUUCCCACAUGCCUAAAGUUCUGCUCAAGGUCCACACAGUAGCGUACUCCUUUGGUGGAGCGCGCACACUUUUGGACGGCGCAGUCCAUCCCGCGGCCAGCGCCGCAUGUGCACGCGGUGUAUUGGUACGCGAUAGGACGUGUCAGUAUCUCUGUGGCGAGAUGUUAACUACCUCGCCUGGUAUACAGGAGGUCAUAGGUUCGAUCCCGAUCCCGACGCCUGUAUAUUUUGAGUGUGCGUGGUCUCCCCGUGGUCGCGUGGAUUUUUCCCUCUACAUUUAGAAACAUGCGUUAAAGAGUAUUUGGCUGCAAUACAUUUCCACAUUGAUCAGCCACUUCGUUGAGAUAUCAUUUGCGGCCAGGUCACUUAUGAAAAAGAGCUAUGUAGCUCAGUGGGCCUUACCUGGUAAAAUAAACAUUGUAACAUUGUUUAGUUUCAUAACAUCGCGCAUUGUAACGGUCAUCAUUUCUGUCUUACCAAUUGCACGGCAGGGUGAUUAAGUGGGGAAUGCUGCUCUUGACGACAAGGAAAUAGAUUCGAUGUUUUGGCUGGUGGCCUUUGAGAGCCUUCCGUUGGCCGCAACAUUGAAUCUGUGUGAGAGAGCGAGAGAUUAGUACCUAUUCAGAGUAUUUCUAUUUAAUGUCCACGAACUGAAAUUACAUCAAGUAAUGUGUCACGUAGUUGAAGAGCCAGUAGUCAGUAGCACAAUCUCUCCAAAGAGCAAACCACUUUACCUAUUCUUACAUAU